GUAGAGCAAGUUGCCUGUGUGUGAUUCAUUUUAUCAGUUGCGUGACAUAAAUUAAUUUACAAUUGGGUACAGAGAAACCGCAUGAUGUUUUAUUAACGUUAUCAAAGGAUAGACAAGCUGACCGUUUGUUGAAUAAUCGACGUACGGUCAAUUGUACUGUUUGAAAGAGAGAAACGGCGAGUGUUGCAAGUUUGUUCCUUUGGCAGGACAAAUUACAUUGGUCGUAAAAAUGGUGAAGCAUUACGAGAACAGUACAAUUUUUCAGUUCAACUGGAAUCAAGUUGCACAAGGAUUUUGGGAGAGAUAUCCAAAUCCUAACAGCGAGCACGUACUUACGGAGGACACUGUAUCGAGGAGUGUUAAAAAUGGUAUAUUACAUAGUAGGCGACUUUUGACAAAGACUAACAGAGCGCCUAAAUGGGGAGAGAGAUUCAUCAGCAAGAAUACGGUGAAAAUAAUCGAAGAGAGUACGGUAGAUCCGAAGACGAAAACUUUAACAACGUAUACGAGGAAUUUGGGUUACACGAAAGUGAUGAGUGUCGUGGAGAAGGUGGUUUACAGAGUUUGCGAAGAAAAUCCAAAUUGGACGGUGGCAAAGAGAUCGGCAUGGAUCGAUAGUCAAGUGUUUGGAUUUAGCAGAGCUAUACAAGCAUUCGGAUUGGAUAGAUUUAAAAAGAAUUGUACUCUGAUGUAUAACGGUUUCAAUUAUGUUCUAGCGCAUAUGUUUCCGCAUACGGCACAGUACAUGAAUCCAUCGCUUUCUCAAAUGGGUUUCGCUCAUCUAGUGAACGACGCUGCGAUAAAGAGCAGCCUCGCGGAAGACUUUCAACAUUCGUUACAAGGUAAAGCGGAGAAGGUGAAGGACGCUGCAAAAAAGGCAACUGACUUGGCGAAGAAAAAGGCCGGAAAGAUUUACGCGGUGUACCAGCCGGAACAAUCAUAAACGACAGGAUAGAGUAAUUAAAAAAAUAGAAAAGUAUUUGGGCGAACGGGUAAAAGGAGAAGAGGGUAAUUUGGAGACGCGACCCCGAACGAUAGGGGGGCGUUUAGUUGUUGCGAAUGGACGGGGUAAGAGGAAGUGAAACGGAGUAAUUACGGUGAAGUCGUCUGGUAUAUCGUUACGAUUGAUUUUCACGUUCGAGUAAUUUUCGCGGAUAAGGCGAAAGAAUUUUCGUUUAAACAACUUUGCUACGAUGCAACUUUGUAUCACGUUAUCAUUCCUGCCAACUACCAAUUAAUUUAGUAAUCUUUAAGACUUGUACAUGAUUUAUUUGCGAUAGAGAGUUUCAGAUCAGCGGGAAAACGUACAUUUAACGAUAACGAUCAUUGACCGAAUGCGAAAUCAUGUGUAUUACUACGUGCUAUCCUGCCCGAUCGAUGAUCGAUUUCAGAGCGAAGAGCGUACGUGGUGUCGUGGCCGUGGUACCAUUCAAAGCGCUUUACCAUUUUUCUUUUUUCUUUUUAACCGUGUUUACUCGGUUAAACGCAACGACACGCGAACUAAACGUAUGUACAUUAUUCUGUAAAUUAUUCGAACGUUAGACCAAACGAGAAGCCGAACGCUCGAACGAAUUUAAUUGGCUUGAAUAAAAAUCAAGGUUCUCUCGUUGAUAAAUGAGACGAAUGGAUUAUUAGGAGUAGGGGGGAAUCGCGUCCUAGCGAGAGAGCGCGCGUGUGUUGGUGUAUGUACGUGCGUGGACAUUUUCUAGCGGUAUUAUUCGAUAAAACUAAAGUUGCAUUUGCAUUCAGAAGAUAUGCGCGCGUGUGCAGGCACAGACAAAAUCACGCUGCUGCCCCCUUUGUGUAUGGGUACGACAAAGCAAACUGUAUAAAUUAUGUAGUUAGAAUACAAAGAGUAUGACAUUGUAAA